AUCGUCAUAUUCCCGUAGCAGAGCAGUUCCAAUCUGAAACGAAAAUGAGCGACAGUGAUGAGGAAGAGGUGCCGCAGAAGGUGUCUAAAGGUAAAUCACGUAAAUCUAAGGCCAAAAAACCCGUCAAAAAUUUCAUGCAAACGAUCGGCAAUCGAAUACCGAAAGCUAAAAAGAAGAAGAAUAAGAAGAAGCAGCAGCCUAACAAGCCUAGGGUUUCCGACGACGACGAUGACGAGGAGGAUGAGGAGGAAUCUGAGGACUCGGAGGUCGAGAUGCUUUGCAUAUCAUCCGGCGAUGAUGAACAAGAUUCCACCGUUGAUAAGAAGCCAAAGGCUGACGAUAAUAAACUCCCUGAAGGCGUAGAACCUACUAAAUGGAAGCAAGUCAACGAAUCCGAGCUUGCUCUAAGGGUGCGUGCGAUGAGGGAGUCAAAAGCAGUUCCAGCUCCAGUAGUUCAAAAAAUCGAGAGGAAACAAACACAGGGGCUCAACAAUAUGCAGUCCUUGCCACGUGGCAUGGAGUGCAUAGAUCCUUUAGGACUCGGAAUUAUAAGCAGCAGAACUAUGAGGUUGAUUACUGAACGUACAGCAACUGAACCAUCCAAUAAUGAAUACGUGGAUGCAGACCUUCGAGAUAAGUUGACGUUCUUCUCAGAGAGAUUUGAUCCAGUAUUAUUCAUUAGUCGAAUACACCAAUUUACUAGUGCAGCAGACUUGGAGGCUGGCACUUUGGCUUUGAAAACCGACCUCAAAGGAUGGACUCAGCAGAGAAAACAACUAGUCAAAGAAAAUUUUGACUGCUUCGUCUCUUGCAAAACCACUAUUGAUGAUAUUGAGUCAAAGCUAAAAAGGAUAGAGGAAGAUCCUGAAGGUGGAAGCUCUUAUUUAGAAACCAGUAUCCAAGGAAUCAAUUCAAUGGCUAACCGUGCUUUUGAACCACUACUCGAAAGACAGGCUCAAGCAGAUAAAAUCAGGGCAGUUCAAGGAACGCUUCAGAGGUUUCGCACUUUAUUCAAUUUGCCAAGUGCAAUCCGUGGAAACAUUCGUAAAGGGGAAUACGACUUGGCAGUCAGAGAAUAUAGGAAAGCGAACUCAAUUGUUCUCCCUACUCAUGCUGGAAUACUAAAACGUGUCCUUGAGGAAGUUGAAAAGGUAAUGCAUGACUUUAAACGCAUGCUUUACGAGUCAAUGGAAGAUCCACACAUUGAUCUAACAAAUCUUGAGAAUACUGUGAGGCUUCUAUUAGAGCUGGAACCCGAGUCAGAUCCUGUAAGGCGAUAUUUUGGCAUACAGAAUCGUAGGAUUCAAAUUUUGCUUGAGAACUGCACGGUUGAUCACGAAUCAAGGAUGGACCACUUGCAAAAUAAGCUAAAUGAGAAAGCAUUGUUAGAUGAAACUUGGAAGACAAUCCAGCAAGACCUACAUGAAUCAGUGGAUGGGGGUUUGGUAAAUUCACAACCAACUGAUUCAGGUUCUGAAGAACUCGAUGCUCUAAGAGGAAGGUAUAUACGAAGAUUAACAGCUGUAAUCAUCCAUCUGAUACCGCCCUUCUGGAAAGUUGCACUUUCUGUUUCAAGUGGAAAAUUCGGAAAGAAUAAAAGUGAGGAAAAAGCACAAGGGAGAUAUUUUGGUCAUUCUCUUGAAGUUGUAACUGGAAUGAUACAUGAGAUUAUAUCAGCAUAUGAAUCCAAGGUCCAAAACACGUUUCUUGAACUUGAAGAGGCGAAUGUUAUUUGUCCAUAUAUGAGUGAUGCAAUAAUGGAUAUAUCUAAAGCAUGCCAAGCUUUUGAUGCAAAAGAAGCAGCACCCGCCAGUGCAGUUGAAUCACUGCGGUCUCUUCUGUUUGAGAGCACAAAACUUUAUAUAAUGAAGCUUUGUUCAUGGAUGAGAACUUCAAUUGAUGAGGAAUCAAGAAACGAAUCAUGGGUCCCGGUGACUGUGUUAGAAAGGAACAAAUCCCCAUAUGCCAUUUCUUCCUUACCAUUAGCAUUUCGUUCUAUUAUGGUGGCAGCAAUGGAUCGGAUUGAUGUGAUGAUUAAGUCUUUAAAAAAUGAAGCUACAACAGAAGAUACUCUUAUGUUGCUCCAAGAAAUUCAAGAAUCUGUUAGGGUUUCAUUUUUUAAUUGUCUGCUAGGUUUUGCUGGCCAAAUGGAGCAGAUUGGAGGGGAGCUUGGUCAGAUUAAAGAAAAUGAAAAUGGAUAUUAUUCUCAUGUUGAAGAAGAAAAUUUAUUUCAUCAUCGCCCUGGAAGUAUUACCGAUCCACAACAACAACUGUUGAUGGUUUUGAGUAAUAUUGGAUUUUGCAAAGAUGAUCUUUUUGGUGAAAUGUACAAUAAAUACAAACAUGUCUGUCUCAAGUUCAGCGCAGGGGAAGAUGACGAUAAGGACAAAGAAGAACUGAUUGAGUCUUUCUCUGCUAUUGAAGAGAAAGUCCUUGCAGAGUAUACUUUUGCAAAGGCACAAUAUGUUAGAACCGGCGCUACUAACUACUUGUUAGAUGCUGGAUUACAAUGGGGAGGAGCACCUGCAGUAAAAGGUGUGCGGGACCCAGCUGUGGAACUAAUGCAUACUCUUGUCACUGUCCAUGCAGAGGUGUUUGCUGGUUGUGAACCCUUGCUUGAUAAGACACUUGGGAUUCUUGUGGAAGGUCUAAUUGACACGUUACUCAGCCUCUUCCAUGAACAUAAAGACACUAAUCUUAAGUUAUUGGAUGCAAAUGGUUACUGUCAACUCAUGCUUGAGCUUGAAUACUUUGAGACGAUAUUAAAUCAGUACUUUACGUCUGGAGCAAGUGAAUCUCUCAAGUCAUUACAAGGAAUUCUUUUGGACAAAGCCACCGAGAGCUGCUCACGUGAAAGUGAUGAUGACGACAAACAGCAAGGAGGGACCAUAUCACCCGAUGACCUCAUAGCCCUGGCUCAACAAUGCAGCAGCGAGCUGCUACAAUCUGAGCUUGAGAGGACUCGGAUCAACACUGCAUGUUUUAUGGAGUCAUUUCCGUUGGAGUUUGCUCCAGAAUCAGUGAAAGUUGCGUAUGCUUCGUUCAGAGGGUCAAUGGAUGCUUCCAGUGGGGUUUUCAUGGGCGCACAAGCUGUCGGAUCAACACAAAGAUGGAGAUAAUUUUCACACAAAACAACUAGUACAUGAUAUUUUUGUAUCCUAUAUUAUUUGUUGGGUCUCAGUUUUGUUAUAAAAUCUUCUCUUUUUUAUUUAUUUUUUAUUUUCAGGUUUAGCUUGUACAUUCGGUAUCAAAUUUUACAUCUAUAUUCAUUUU